CUCUUAGCAACAAAAUGAAAAUGUUUGGAAAGAAAUGUUGAGACGAAAUUGAACAUUUACCUGUUAUGCAAGUCUCAUAUCAGAAUAGUAACCAAUAAAGGGAAGCCAAACAUUUCAUCAAUUAAAAUGAGGCAGUGAUAUUUGCGUGAAGAAGAUGGAUGAGGACAGAUCCCAGGAGACAAUUCUUUGGGAUACGGAACUUGAGAAGUCCAUACAAGGUAAAAAGCCUGGUGCCAAAUAUGGUCCUGUUUCUGAACGUCUUCGUCACACUAUUCCCGAAGAAAGGACAUGUGCGAUGUUCUGUGGGGGCAAGAAGUGUAAAUACUGCCAGCCAAAUGGGAAGUGGCCAGAUGAACAAAUGGACAUAAAGGGACUAUAUUCUAACUGGGUUACUGACAACAUUCUAGCGAUGUCUCGACCAAACACUGAGCUCAUUGAGAAAUACAACAUUAUUGAACAGUUCCACGAAAAAGGAAUAAAGUCAAUAAUCAACGUUCAGAGACCAGGGGAACAUUCAAGUUGCGGGAAUCCCCUUGAAGAGCUAGGUUUCUCGUAUAGACCACAGCAAUUCAUGGAUAAAGAUGUUUUCUUUUACAAUUUUGGUUGGCAGGACUAUGGUGUAGGAUCUAUAUCCAACAUACUGGACAUGGUUAAAGUUAUGCAGUUUGCUCUUUCUGAAGGAAAGGUGGCAAUACAUUGCCAUGCAGGCCUAGGCCGAACAGGUGUGUUGAUUGGAUGUUACUUGGUAUUUGCCAAUAGAAUGGACCCAGGGGAGGCUGUUCAUUACAUUCGCUCAAAACGACCUGGUGCCAUCCAAACUAGUGGUCAGAUCACUUGCAUUGAAGAAUUUGCCCUCUACCUUAAACCCCUCAGAAUAGUCUACUCUAACAUGUCAACCCGUCACAUAGGAGUGUAUCGCCAGAAGCAGGCGACAGACAAAGAAUCCGCUCAAGGGUUUCUAGUGUUUGUCAAAACAUGUGGUGGUAUUACAGAAGAUGAGAGGGGGGAGGUGAUAAACAUGGAAGAGGAUUCUGGUGUCCCUCAGACCUAUGAAUUCUCGCUCUCCCAGUUUCUAGUGAGACAAAGACACAUGCUGCAUGGCUUUGAAGCCAGGAGAUUGAAACACUUACCAAAGAUCAUUUACUUCCUGUGUGAGGGUUUAUUAGAAUUAGCACAUAAAGGACAUAUUGCGAGUAUACCUAGUCAAGACAACUUCGACAUUAUCAAAGAAUCAGCCCCAGGGGCAUUUCUCAAUGCGACUCCUGCCAAGACAUGCCUGUUACCCCGUCCGUCCAAGUCAGGGGGUGAUUUUACGCAUGUGCAAUCUGAACGAAAAAAUAAAAGUUACGAGGACUUAGAAAAUGGCGACCAAUUAAAAAUGAACUCAAAUAUUGAUGAUUUGGACAAUGCAAGUAUCGUUAGUGGGAUAUCAGGACCUCCAUUGCAUAAGUCAAGGUCACAGACAGUGCUGCUCCCUGGUGGAGAUGCCUCUGUAGCUUCAGUGGCUGCAGCUCUAGGAGAAACCGAAUACACUCCAGAGGUCCUAGAGAAAGUAAAAUUGUAUAAGGAAAAAUUGAAUUGUGUCACACGAACAUAUAAAGAAUUGCAGCUUGAGAAGAAUCCAAGUGUUCUGUGCUGCCUCAUGUGGGACUGGCUGGACCAUCUCAAGGAGCCUGUCUUGCGAAUCCAGGACUUGAACAUAUUAUUAAACCACAUGGAGGAACCAAUGAAAGGACUCAGAAGACUAGAAAAGGGGAGUAAAACUACUACCAGUUAUCUUUUGAAGUUAAUUGCACGUCUCCAACCUAUCGACGAUGACCUCGAACAUCACAUAUUAUUCCGAAUGAUCUCAACAUUGACUCAUCAAAAUAUGCUCCGGGAGCAUGAGUUUUCAUUUGAUUCUACAAAACAGACGAUACGUAGAACUGCAAAUGAUGUGGAAAUGAGGGAAGGUAUGAUCCCUGGUGUAAUACGAUUUUUCAUUGCUGCUCUUGAAGAGCUAAGACAGGAAGCUGAAAAUGAAACAGAAUGAAGAAAUAUUCUGUUGUAUAUUUGGUUGGGGAUCCAUAUUAGAAAAAGGGGAACUAAUUAUGAAUCAAAAACAAAUUAAUAAUCAUUGCAAAAAUGUAAUAAAUUUUUGAUUAAUGAUUAUUUUUGGCAAAAGUACAGGCUGUCAUAUACUCAGAUCAACCUCAUUUAACAGAUUUCUCUGGCCCAAGUGCUGAAUGGGUUCUGGUUCAUUUAUUGGAGAAAGUAGAGGCCUAUGGGUAUGGGUACUGACCAGACCUCAACAUACAAUAAGCAUUGUAGGAUUUGUGCUGAGUGGAACAUAACACCACCUAGUUCAGGAAUACAUAUAGCCCAGUGCUUUAACUAUAUGGAGCAAACUCAUGAGGUCUGAUUAGAACCCCUGUAUGGGCAGUGAACUAUCAUUACCUAACCUGACCUGGGAGUCUUGGAGAACCAAAGAAUCUAAGUCCCAUUGGGGCUGGAUCAACCAGACCAACAAGUCCAUAAUUACAGAAAAUGGGCUGAAUCUCAAAAGUAAAAGUAUAUUAUAUAUUACCAUGUAAAUGUAAUAUUAGCCUUGCCCAAGUCGGCCUUGUUUACUUAUCUUGAUUUCUAUUGGUAAUAAUUCA